UAAAAAUAUAUCAAUUAAUUAUUAAGAAAAUUUUUUCUUUUAAUAAUAACAAAAAAGUUGUGAUAAUUAUUAAUAAUAAGCCAGGAAAUUAACAAUCGACCCGGCAAAGUACAAAAAAACACCGCUAGAUAACCGGAAUAACAAAAAUAUACAUAUAUUAUAUAUACAUUUUUUUUUUGUUUUUUUCCAAGGAAAGCAUCACAGCCUCCAAAAAAGACGCCAUUUUUAAAUAACCGGUCGGAGUCCCUAGCCGGUUUUUUUGUGUGUACAACAUAAAUAUUAUUUAACAAUAAAAAAAUAUAAAUAAUCAGAAAUGUGAGUUAUCAAAAAUGAGUAAGUAAUUCAUUAAAAAUAAUAACAACAACAAGUUAUUCGAAAUAAAAAAUAUAUAAACAUUGUAAAAACAUUUUUAAAAAAAUUCAAAAAAUAACCAGUAAAUUGAGAGACGGGCCCUUCCUCAGUUUUGGCAUUAUUGGUUAGAAUGAUAAUUAUAUUUACAAUAUAUAACAUAUAUCAAUAAAAUAAUUGGUCUUUCCAAAGUUGGUGUGUUUGUGUGUUAUAAUUAAGUUAAAAUAAAUCAUAAAAAUAACUUAAUACAUAAAUAAUAAUAAAAAAAAAAAAAAAGAAAAAAAAAAUGUCGUCAGUUGAACCAAGACGUCGGAGUAGAUCAGAAGAUCGUGGAAAAGAAAAAAGAACAAAAGAUAUGAAACGGAGUAAUUCAUCAUCAAGUCCAGAUACAAGUCGUGGUAGAAAUCAAAAUGACAAAGAUAAACGUAUACGAGGCAGAAGAAAUAGAAGUACAUCCCAGUCAAAUUUGAGUAUAUCAAGUAUUGAUAGUCGUAAACGAGAUGGUUCAUCACAACCAAAUCAAUCACAACAACAACAACAACAACAACACCAUCAACAACAGCAUCAUCAUCAGCAACAACAUCAACGUCAACAAAGACACGAUGGCGGUGGUGGUGGUGGUGGUGGUGGUGGUGGUUGGGGUGGACGUGGUGAUAAUAAUAAUCGUAAUAAUGGCAUGAGAAUGAAUAAUCAUGAUAAUGGUAAUCGUGGAUUAUUUCGUAAACGUCGUGGUUCACCAGGUAAUUGGCAACGUGAUCAAUAUCAUGAUAAACGUCGACAAAUGUCUGGUGGACGUGGACAUAAUAAUUAUGGUCAUCAACGUUUUGACAAUAGAAAUGAUAACAGAUUUAGAAAUAAUUCAUUUAAUAGAUUUCGUGAUAGAAAUAAUUGGCAAAAUCGUGGUGGACAAAAUCGUGGCUUUAAUGACAGAAAUCAUCAUCACAAUAAUCGUGAUUAUAAUAAUGACAGAAAUCAUCAACGUGAUAGAUACUAUGAAAGAAAUAACGAACGCUUACAACGUAAUAAAAAUAUUACUGAUGAUUUAAUGGAUGUUGUUAUUGGUGGUGGUAAUAAAAAUACAACACGUGAACAAUCACCAACAUGGUCAAUUGAUAAAAGUCCAGAUAAUAAUAAACGUUCAAGACAACGUGAAUCACGUGAUAAUUUAUCAUUAUCUAAAAAUGAUGAUGAAUCAAUUGAACGUAGUAAGAGUCCUGGUAUUAAAAAAAAGAAAAGAAGAUCAUUAUCAUCAUCAUCAUCAUCAUCAACUGAUAGUAGCAGUUCAAGUAGUAGUAGCAGUACAUCAUCAAGUACAACAAGCAGUAGUACAUCGAGCAGUGAUUCUGAUCAUGAUAAAAAGAAAAAAAAGAAGAAAAAAUUAUCAAAAAAAGCUAAAAAAAUUGAAAAGAAAAAAAGAGAAAAAAAACGUAAAUUGAAGAAAAAACAAAAGAAAAAAUUGAAAAAAGUUGGUAAAGAUAAAAAAUCAAGAGAUGGUGUUGAUAAUAUUGAUGAUGAUGAAGAUGAUGGUGGUGGUGGUGGUGGUGAUGAAAAUAAGAGUAUUGAUAAUAAAAAGGAUAAAUUGAUGAAAGAUAUUUCUGUUGAAAUGAAUGAAAAAGCUAAAUCAAUGGCACCAAUGACCAAGGAAGAAUGGGACAAACGACAGAGUGUUGUAAGAAAGGUGUACGAUGAAGAAACUGGACGACACAGAUUGAUCAAAGGUGAUGGUGAAAUCAUCGAAGAAAUUGUAUCAAGAGAUCGUCACAAAGAUAUUAAUCGUCAAGCAACCCGAGGUGACGGUGAUUACUUCCAAUCCCGUAUGCGGGCAAACAAAUGA